UCAUUUUAUGAAUGUAUCCAACGUAUGUGCCCCUCCCACUCCCUUAGUGAUUGACAGUUGUCACUCAGCGCAAGACCCCUCCCCUCUCGCGCCCUCAUAUUAAAGCCAUCUGCCCCCUCCCAGCCAGUCGCCUUCCACUUCAGGUCUCACCUGUUGUCGCCUCACACACUGCUAUGGACUGCGGCGUUUAUGGGAUGGAUCCCCUGGAGGUUCCGCCUCUCACCCCGACCAGCAAAGAGGUUCUGUGCGAGGCUCUCAGAGCCACUUUUGCCGGUUUCACCCAGGAGCGACUCGCCCAUCGUUUCCCUCAAGAUCCCACUUUAUGGUCGGAAUGGGAGGUCAACCACUGGCUGGACUGGUGCCGGGUUGAGUUCGGGCUGCACUCGUUGGGCUCGGACCUGAAGGGCAUGCGGGGUCACGAGCUGUGUCGGCUGGACCGCGAGAAUUUCCUCAGCCUCAUGUCCGACUGCACCGCCGGCGAGAUUCUGUGGGAGCACUUGGAGAUCAUGAGACGGGAUCAUGACGGAGACUGCGGUGCUGUGCUGCCAAUGUGCGUCAUGUCAUCUCCUUGCCAGCCUCCAAACAAUAAAGAAAGCGACUCCGAAGCCGAGAUGUCUCACGGUAGCGCUCUGAUGUGGACGAGCGGCGUCCACCGUACCGAAGCCACGGCGGACGGGAGCCUUUGCGGGGACACCUUCGCUCUGGCGCAACCCUACAAAACCUUCAAGGAGUACGUGAGCAACAAGGCUGACGUCGGCUCAGCCGUCAUCCCUGCAGCCAUCCUCGCCGGUUACACCGGAAGCGGCCCCAUCCAGCUGUGGCAGUUCUUACUGGAGCUGCUGACCGACCGCAGCUGCCAGUCGUGCAUCAGCUGGACCGGAGACGGCUGGGAGUUCAAGUUGACCGACCCGGACGAGGUGGCGCUGCUUUGGGGCCGCCGCAAACACAAGCCCAAGAUGAACUACGAAAAGCUGAGCCGCGGCCUGCGCUACUACUACGACAAGAACAUCAUCCGCAAGACGGUGGGCAAGCGCUACGUUUACCGCUUCGUCUGCAACCUGCAGGGGCUGCUGGGAUACGAGCCCGGCGAGCUGCACGCCAUGUUGGACGUCGGGACCGCAAAUUAACUUGGGGGGUGAUGGGCGGGUUAUUGUCGCUGGAGGACGCCAUCCAACUCAACCCCCCCCCCCCCCCGAUGUAAAUAGAAGGUGAAAAAGUGUUCUGAAGUGGAGCUCAGCUGCUCGUUGGACUAAUUGAACAUGUGUUCAUUCACAGGCUUUCUUCCAUUACGUUGUCCGAAGCCGCCGAAUGUAACACACGUGGUUGUGCAGGGUGGGGGGUAUUCUGCUUCUGUGGAUUUCACAAUCUUCUGGGUCCUAAAGCGGCUUUUCAGGAAAGGUAACGAAAUGCUUUUUUGAAAACAGAUUUGUUGACAUUUGAAAAGACCAACAUGAGUAUUUAUUUAUUUAAAUAAAUUGCUGGUUUGUCUUCACUUUUGGUAAGAGGAACCAUUUAUUUGUAUUCUUUAGAACCAAAAUUGUCUACUUUUUAAGAACUAAAAAUUUGUCAAAUCCUUUUAGGAAAGUUCAUUUUUUAAGAACCAAAAAUUUGUUAAAUUUUUUGUAGGAAAGUAUAAUUUUUUCUGCUUAGAACAAAGCAACGCCAAGAAUUUAUUUUCUUCAUUCUAUUUUUUAGAAAAUGAAAACAUUAAGAAAUGGCAACAUAAUUCUUUAGUCUUCGUUUUCGAAAAGCGUCACUUUUUUUUAUUUGGGAAAUCAAAACAUCAAUUCUAUUCAAUUUUGGAAAACGAAACAUCAAUAGUUUGUCUUCUUUUUGGGAAAGCUCUAGAAACGCUACUUUGAAAGACAAACAAAAAAUAAUUUGAGAGCCCGCGAGAAGUGUUUACAUGCCGCCAGCAGUUGCUUGAAUCCGUAUCGUUUUCAUCCGCAAGCUGAGCAGCACUGUGUUUGUUUAUGGCCGAAGCGUGUGUCCGCGUGAUACCAUAUGUAGACGAUGGCGGAUUUCUAGCAUGAAAUCAGAAGCUGAUUGAAUUUUACAAAUCACUGAGCAAGGCGGCACACAGCGAGUGAGUGUGUGCGGAUUACUUCCGCCACUUUCCCUAAUGGAAGGGGGCGGGCGGGGGUUUCUUUGUCCUCAUGACCAAGUGUCAAGUGUGCGUUGGGCAUAAAAUCUCCCAAUAUUUGCCAUCGCUGUCAAUAGAAGGUGACCAAUCCCGCCCGCAAACACCCCCGGGGUGAAAAUAAAACACGUAAUGGAAGGUAACAGUGUCUCACCGUUGACUGAACGCUGCCUUCACGCUUGGGGUGUCCCCCCGAGAAGCCAGUCAAGCGCUGUCGCAUACCUCGUACCGUCCACUGAUUUGAGAAUAAAUGUUUAACAUGGCUUAGUCAUACAAAAUGCAAGCAAAUGGAUUUCUUUCGGGAAACACAACCACACAAAU